ACCCAACCUCCCGGCCCCCGCGCUCCCCGUGCCAGCAACCUCCCUGUCACUCCCACCUCAACGACAGCGCCCCUGCACUUGCUCAGCGCUGCCCCACAGCCCCCGGGGUGCCACCCCCCGCAUUACUCACCAGCCUCCCCUCAGACGCCACCAUCACGGCUGCCCUGCGCUAUGACGGACCCCUGUGACCUAGCCAAGGAGUGGGGCCGCCAUCACCUCCAAUGCCGGACGCGCAGCGGCAAGGGCAUUGCCGCCGUCGUGAGCGCCGAGGCCGAGCUGCCGCUCACGCCGCGCGACGCGUUCCAGCUGAUGGCCCACCCCGACAACGCAGCCAUCUUCCGCGGCAUCGAGCGCUGCACCUACCGCAGCGUGCUGUGGAGGUCCGGGCGCGCCGACGGGCGGCAGACUGUGGAGGUGGAGAACGAGUCAGACUGGCACUUCCUGUUCUUCAAGGGCAGCAUCCAGACCCGCAUGCUGGUGCACGAGGACCCCUCAGCCGGCACCAUCCACGUGCGGCUGGCGCCCGCCGGAGGCACCGCGCCGCUGCAGCACAUGACGGGCAAAUGGACGUUUGCGCCCGGCCGCACGCCCAGCAGCAGCCGCUUGACUUUGGAGCAGGAGGUGCACCCUCGCGGCCUGCACCCUUUCUUCCACAACGGAUUCCGCGCCGUGGCGGGCCUGCAGGAUGCCGAUGCCGAGGUGGAGCGCAUCCUAAAGUACGAAAAGAACUUUUACUACGUGCUCAAGGUCCGCAAGGACACGCCCAUGGGCGAGAUCAAGGCCAACUAUUACAAGCUGAGCCGCCUGGUGCACCCGGACAAGUGCAAGCACGCCCGGGCCGCCGACGCUUCCGCCGUGCUCAACCAGGCCUGGGGCACGCUGAACAACGCCAUCAAGAAGCGCGCCUAUGAUGCCUACGUGGACGACAUCAACGUAGAUGCUCCCGAGGGCAUGUCGUAUGCUGAAUGGGAGGCCAGCAACGCCAUGCAGCAGGUCAAGCUGCCCAAGUGGCUGGAAGCCUUCCUGCGCAUCCCGGGGGCAGGCAUCAUCAUGCUGCUCAUCCUCUUCCCCCUCACGCUGAUCCUGCUGGCGCUGCUGCUGGCCCUCUUCAUCAUCUGCAUCCCAAUCAACAUCAUCGCCCGCUGCCUGGGCUGCGCGCCGCCGCCGCCGCCGCCCGGCGCCGAGGACGACGCCACGCAGGCGCAUGCGGGCAUGAGCGCGGAGGAGGCGGCGGCGCACGCGGCGGCGCGCAACGCAGAGGCGCGGCGCGCGCCGCAGGCACAGGCCAUGGCAUAG